GAAAGGUUGCCUAGCCAUGUUGGGCGCAUUGGCGGGGUCCAGGAGGUGCAUCUGGAGAGUCCGAACUGUCUCAAAGAGCCCGGUGUUCCGAUCCACGAGCUGAUGCACGCAUUAGGCUUCUGGCACGAACAGAAUCGCCACGACCGUGACUUAUUUGUCAAUGUGAUAAAGGAAAAUAUUAAACCCGAAAGGCAUCAAACUUCAAAAGAACACCUACAGGAAGCAACCACGUUCGGCGAGGAGUACGACUACCUUAGUGUGAUGCACUACCAGGGUUACGGUUUCUCUCGGAAUGAAAGCCUGCCCACGCUUGAGGCAAAGGGGUCCAUCACCGGCCCUAUGGGUAACCGAAAUGGUUUCUCUGCCGCAGAUGUGCGCAAGAUCAACGCUAUGUACAACUGCAAUUCUCGAAGAAAUGAGAACAAUUUGUAACACAAUAUCGGUGAUUAAUGAAUUUCUUUAUGACCGACAUCAUCAGAAUAAAUAUUAAUACAGUAAAAA